AUGCGUGUCUCAUUGGUAUCACUGGCAAGGCCGAAAUUCUCAAGAGGCCCGAUCCUUAAAAGGAGUCCAAAUAUGGCAUCGCCCUCCCCCUCGGGAUCAAAAUCUUCAAGGUCAAGUUCGUCAAGAGAUGAGCUGCCACCGUUUAAAUUUGGUCCUUAUUCUCCACUCAACCUACCAGACGAGUCGUCUCGGAAAGGUAUUUCGAAUCUUGUGUCUAAAAUUACCGACUUCAAUGAACUCAAGAUAUAUCCAGAAAUCCGUAAUUCGUUGCUUAACGAGGUGAAGAAACAUACCGUGUUACGUUCCCAAAAUUUUGUUCGUCCUGCCAAGGUGAAAACAGAGAAUGAGUUGAACGGAUUAAUCAUCCGUCCAACUCCUAUUCAAACUGCCGCUAUUAAGAUCAUCAACAAUAAGAGGAAACCUGGUGAAUUCUUCAAGACGUUUACAUUGGCUGCAGAAACAGGGUCAGGUAAAACAUGGGCUUAUUUGGCACCACUACUACAACAACUAUUACAAGGUCUUAAAGAGCCGGAAGUGACGUCUUCCCCAUCAAUUCGGGCAAAGGCGGGUAUCAAGUCUGUCAUUUUGGUCCCAACACAUGAAUUGGUUGACCAAGUCUAUGAGACUGCCAAGUAUGUCGGUGAUGAUCUGAACCUUUCGGUGUUUAAAUGGGAUACCGAUUCAAACUUUAAGGAGUUCAUAAGUGUCUUCCGUACGGGAAUCGAUAUUUUCGUUACAACGCCUGGUAAGUUCCAUUCCUUAUCAAGGUACGAUUCUUUAAAAUCGUCUCCAAAAGUCUUGUUUGGCUCGAUUUCCUUUUGUGUAGUCGACGAGGCAGAUACCCUAAUGGACGAAUCCUUUUUGCCAGAUACCCAAUCGAUCAUCUCGAAGAUGUCACGAUUGGAGACCCUGGUCUUUGCAAGUGCUACAUACCCUGCUCGUUUCAACAAAACAAUCAACCAUUUGUAUCCAACAAUCACCACAAUAUCAACCCCACAGUUACAUAAACUGCCAAAGUCAAUCGAGUUUAGAGUGGUCAAUGCAAGCGUGGCUCCUUACAAAGGCUCCAAAAUGAAAGCUUUAGCUCAAGCGUUAUACGCAAUCUAUUGUGAUGGUACAGAAGAGGGAUACCAGAAACGGGUGCUUAUAUUUGUCAACAAGAAGGACGAUUGUGAGAAGGUGUCCAACAAGCUACAAGAAUACGGCCAUGAUGUUACUUUUAUAUCUUCGGAAGACACUCCUGACGCAAGAAGGGAGAAAGUGGCACCUUUCAUCAGUACCCCAACCCCAAGUGAGGAGCGUCAGCUGAAAGUCCUCGUAUGUACGGACCUUCUCAGCAGAGGCCUGAACUUUAAAGGUGUGAGAAACGUCAUAUUGCUUGACGUGCCUGCAAAUUCGGCAGAUUUGGUGCAUAGAGCAGGUAGAACGGGUAGAAUGAACCAAGGUGGUCGGGUCUUCUUGAUAAUAAACGAUGCUGACAAGGGCCACGUGAAGGGGCUGCCCAAGGUCUUGAGAAACAAUAGGCGGUUAGGUUAG